AUGAUGGCAGGAAAACGUCCAGCAUCUCACUAUAUUAUGGAACAUUCAAAAUUUGUUGAAGGGGACAGCAGUCCAGAAGAGGAAAAUAUAACAAAUAAUCAAUUGUUUGGAGAAUCUAAUUUUGCUAGUAGUCUGUCCGAUGGAGAUUCUCAAUACACAACAGACUUUACUAGUGUUUCUCAACAAAAUCAUUUUGCUUCUCGUUAUGCUCUUCAAAAUCAACAUAAUAAAGGGGCAAAUUCAAAGCCUUAUUGGACUCGUGAAAAACGUAAACGUUAUAGACGUCAACGCUCACCUCCAUCAUCUUUUCUUUCUUCUACUUUUGACGAUACGGAAGUUUCUAUGUCGGUGGAUGUGAUCACGGUAACAUUUAAUAUGGAUACUCGUCGUCCUUUUGGAAUGUCUGUUGUUGUUAAACGAAAUCGUUAUUUUUAUGGAAUUGUUGUUCAUGAAGUAUCUCCAAAUAGUCUAGUGGCUUUGGACGGUCGAAUUAAAAAAGGAUUUAUUUUGCUUGAAAUUAAUGGAAUUUCAUUAGACGAAUAUGAAACACCUGAAGCUGCUGUUAAUGUUCUUUCAACUGCUGUUCGACAAGCUGUUGAAAGUCGAGGCCAAUUAAAAUUAACUUGUUCUCGUGGAGAUGUGCUUACACCUGCAAAUAAUAUUUUUCGUCCACCACAAUCGGAGCCUGUUAGACCUAUUGACCCUACAGCUUGGGUACAGCAUACUAACGCUGCGCGUGGUUUGGAUGCUUUGAUGAUUGCACCUCCAGUUAUAUCUCCAUCUAUGCUAAUUCCUACAAAAACUUCAAUUUAUGCAAAUGCUAUGGCUGCUGCAAACAAUAAUAAUAACAACAUAAUUGCUGCUGUUGGAAAAGCAGCAGUAAUAAACUCAACAAAUUACCAACAACAACAACAUUUUAUUCCUCAACAACAAACACAACAACAACAACAAAUAAUUACGUCAGACGGCCUAAAACUUAUUAAAAACCCGUCGACAGAGAUAACAACAUCUUCCGGAAAUAGUUCGUUAGAAUGUUCGAUUGGGCAAAAACAUGUUGAAUUAAUAAAACAACAACAAACACAACAACACGAACAACAACAAUUAAAUUUAAUCCAAACAUGUUCCGGAAAGUUUUCCGGAAAACAAUUAAAUUUAAAAGAAGAAAAGAAACAAAGAACAAAAACAAUGUUUGGAGGAGGAAAAAAAGUUGGUAAUGGAGGUGGGGGAGGGGGAAUUGGUAAUGUUUUGAGACGUUUAUUGUGUGUACAUUCAAGUGCGAGCCCGCAAAGCAGUAGUGAUGAAAAUAAGAAGAAGAAAAAUAUUAAAAGAAGUGCUUCUAAUAAAGAAGGAAAAGGGAAAAAAUAA